UUAAACAUAAAGCGAAGUGUGUGCGCGGUCUCUGCCUCCGUUUUUUCGUUUUGGGAAGACAAUUUUCAGAAACUGUUCGACAGUAGUGUUCAGUGUUAGCAAAUUAUUACGUAAAUUUUUUUGCUGCUCUGGUAAAAUUCUUAUGAUGCAAAUUGUUUUCGCUUAACCCUACGUAAAUGAGUUGAUAUUAAAUAUUCUUACAUAAAGUCUGCUUGCCACUUUUAAUUUGCCGUGUACGGGUUAGUUUUUGUGGUUUCUAUAGCGAGCAGUAGCGCGCGAGUUUCUAUAGCGCGAGCUUUCAGUUUUUUUGUGGAUUCGCAUUUUUAGGAGUGGAAUUUGAUUUUAUUAUUUUAGCUAUAUUUUCGGUUUUAGUUUAGAGUUCUGUACUAUUUUUUAUUUAUUCGAAUUUGGAAAAAUGAAGUGGAAAUUCAAGGAGCUCCAUCCAUAUGUGGAGAGAAAAAAGGAGAGUGAAAAAAUUCGGGCGAAAUAUCCUGAACGCAUACCAGUGAUUGUCGAAAAAGGCCCUGGAAGUAACAUUCAAGAAAUCGACAAGCGAAAAUUUCUUGUACCCAGUGAUAUAUCUGUUGCUCAGUUUAUGUGGAUAAUUCGACAGCGUAUCCAACUUCCCGCAGAAAAAGCCAUUUUCCUCUUUGUUGGAAAAGUUCUUCCGCAGAGCAGUGCCAGUCUAAGUGAAAUCUACGAAGAGCAUAAAGAUGCGGAUGGUUUUCUGUACGUAUGUUAUUCGGGCGAGAAUACAUUCGGCUGAAGAUACUACGGUAUGGAUUUGACUUGAUUAUUCUCAGUUGGACUUUCGGAAAUGACGAGUGCUCAAACAAGGGAUUUGUAUUUUUCUGGAGAUUGACAGAGUUGCUAUGCUUCUGUGAGAAUUUGCGAAUACAUUCGUCUGUUCAGAGUAUUUUGCUUUUCUAAUUAUUAUUUACUUAUUAAUUACGCAAUCGUUUGGUAUGCUGUUUUGCUUCCUGUGUUAAAACAUCGAUGUUGUAAUUUGCGAGAUUUCUCGGAUUAGCCUGUUUGGCGUUUGCUGAUUAUUCGAUGAUAUUCGCAGUCUCAAACAGAAUGCGGCUUAAUUGGUGUAUUUUUACAGAUUUGAUUGAUUCAUUUGUAAAUUGUAAUCUCGCUAUAUUUAUCGCUCUAUUUUAGUGAUAUUAAUAUGGAAACCCUUGCACGUGUG